AUGGAUCCCAAUCAACAUAAUCCUUGGUCUAAUUUUAUGCAAAAUGGUGGUAGUCCUCAUUCUAUUCCAAAUCAACAAAGUAAUCCAUAUUUUAGAAAUACACCUUUUAUCUCAAAUCCACACCAUAAUCCAAAUUUUCAAAACUCACCUUUUAUCCUAAAUCCACAAAAUAAUCCACACUUUGGAAAUUACUCAUAUCAUCCACCACCUUAUCCAUAUCAAUAUCAACAAUUUACAUCUCAAUCAACUAACCCCACUAUGCCUCAUGGGGCUCAAAUAGGCAGUAGUGGUGCGCAAUCAAAUGAUCAAGAAGAUGAAACACCACAAUUUUGCACUCAAGGUAGCUUAGAAACGAUUAACCUUGGUGAAGAAGUUGCAUCCGUACGUGUUGUGAAUACGCAUAAACAAAGGUUCCAACAAAAAGAGGAUGAAAUUCUCAUUCAAUCAUGGUUCAACAUUUCAAAAGAUUCAAUUGUUGGGGUUGAUCAAAAAGGAGAUAGUUUUUGGAAGCGGAUCGGUGAAGCUUACAGCAAGCAUUGUGACAUUAACUACAAAGAGAGGAAACCAACACAACUAAAAUGUCGAUGGCAUAAAAUCAAUCCAUCUAUUCAAAAGUUUGUUGGAUGCUACAAACAAGCUGUGUCUACACAACAAAGUGGGAGUUCUGAGAGUAAUAUCAUGCAAGCUGCAUAUAAAAUCUAUUUCCAAGAUGAAGGUGAAAAGUUACUUUUGAAGCUGCAUGGAGAUUAUUGA